UCGGCAUGACGACACGCACGCGACCCUCGUUUGUUUAUCAACCAACUUGCAACAAAAUCUCAUCGUGUUCAAACAUUCGGCAGAAGUGUCGAGGAGUAUACUCGCGUAUUGUAUCUUAUUAAUUCGACUUAUUAAUAUCUCGACUUAAACCGCGCUUUUGAUCCGCGGUAGCUCGUGUUUCAGGGGUUUCCGCGUGCCAUAUUGAAGUUAAAUCCAGAAAAACUGCUGACAGAGUUGUUCGGUGAGAGAGAGCGGUCAGCAUGUCGUCUUUCUCCGAGUCUGCGCUGGAGAAGAAGCUGUCUGAACUGAGUAACUCGCAGCAGAGCGUUCAGACUCUGUCUCUGUGGAUCAUUCAUCACCGCAAACAUGCAUCCUUCAUCGUGCGCGUGUGGCACAGAGAACUGAAGAAAGCUAAACGCAGCAGGAAGUUGACGUUCCUGUAUCUGGCUAAUGACGUGAUUCAGAACAGUAAGAAAAAGGGUCCAGAGUUCGCCAAAGACUUUGAGGGCGUCCUGGUUGAUGCCUGCUCACACGUGGCCAGAGAUGGAGAUGAUGGUUCUAAGAAGCAGAUGGAGAGGUUGCUGAACAUCUGGCAGGAGCGAAGCCUCUACCGUUCAGACUUCAUCCAGCAGCUCAAACUGGCUAUUGAGGACUCAGACAGUCCCAAACACAAGCCCGCAGAUGAUAGAAAAAAUUUAAAGAGAAGCUACCAGAAGGUCCAGGAGGAAGAGGAGGAGGAAGAUGAUGAUUACAGAGGUCACUAUUCUCCCCAGGAGACGGACGCAGCCGCUCCACAACUGACGGAGGAUCUGGUGAAAGCGCUGCAGGAUCUCGAGAACGCUGCAUCCGGUGACGCUGCCGUGAGACAGAAGAUCGCAUCCCUUCCACAGGAGGUGCAGGACGUUUCUCUUCUGGAGAAGAUCACAGAUAAACAGGCGGCAGAUAAGCUGUCAAAGACGGUGGACGAGGCCUGUCUGCUGCUGGCUGAGUAUAACGGACGCCUGGCCGCUGAGUUAGAGGACCGGAGACAGCUGGCCCGAAUGCUGACAGAGUACAUCCAGAGCCAGAGAGAUGCGCUCAACGAGAGGGAGAAGAAGCUGGAGGAGUACAAGCAGAAACUGGCUCGCGUCACACAAGUGAGGAAGGAGCUCAAGUCUCACAUCCAGAGUCUUCCAGACCUUUCUCUCCUACCGAACGUCACCGGCGGCCUCGCUCCUCUCCCGUCUGCUGGAGAUCUGUUUUCCACUGAGUGAACAUCUCUAUGAGACUCACAGUCCUGUACGAUCAGACACUGGGUUCCUCCUCACUGACAGUAACAUCAGUAAUGGAGCGAGUGAUGAAGAUCUGCUUUCACACGUUUGUUUUUCAUUAGUUCUCAUGUCAGCUAAACCUCACGGAGAUCAAACCCGCCAGUCGAUCCGUCGUUAAACCGGACUCAAAGUGUGGAGCUUUUGUUUUGAUGUGACUUUGCUGUGGAAAGCAACUCCCUUUGCUUUGUCUUAUAUCUGUAGGUUUUUAGUUUUACUGCUCAAGAGUUUAAUUUCACUUCAUUUUGGUUUUUGGAAGAAACUAAACAUGAGGAUUCAGUUUUAAACACUUCACUGCUAAUGAUUCAUAAUGUUCGUGAUAUCAAGAAAUAUUAAUUAGAAACUCAUGCAAACUGUGAUAUAUUUUGGUUACUUACAAACCUGACCUGUUUUUCUUCAAAUGAUUAUUUUGAUGAUAAAUACAACAGAUUUGCUGAUAUUUGUGAGAAGAAUACAGUGUGAUCGCGUUCUCUUCUAUGGUCACUGUAUGAUUAGUGUCUCAUUAAAUAUGACUGAACACAUUCAGCAACAAAAUGAUUUUUGAUAUUUGUGGAUCCUUGGAAUUUGAUUUGAAUGGAUUGCUGUAUUAUCAGAGCGACAUUAUAAAGUGGCCAAACUCUGUUCAAGACAUUUCUUAUGUUACAUUCACAGAUGAGUGAACACUGUGUGUGUUUCUGCUGUUGCUGAUUACCACCAGGAGGAAAAGAAGAAAAUAGAGAAAACUGAAGUAAGGCAUUUUCUAGUCUCACAGGUCUUUGGGAGAACAUAUAGUUCAG